GAAAGGUGUGUACGGUGUAGUUACCGCACAAACAUGGCUCCACAUGCUGAAGUACUGGUGCUAUAACCUUGAUUCAUCAGCUUCUUCGUUAGACACAAGCCUAAAAGAGCAACAUGCAGGCUGCUAUGGACAUCACGGCAAAGUAUUGCCACAAAGAAAUGGAGGCUUAUGGAUCAUGUGUGGCCUCCAACCCAUCAACAUGGCAGCAAACGUGUCAUGAACUGAAGAUGAAGGUUGCACAGUGCACAUCAUCACAUCCAGUGAUCCAGAAGAUAAGACAGGGCUGUUCCUCAGAGUUUACAGAGUUUGAACGCUGCCUUAGAGAAAACCAGAACAAUCCUACCUCCUGCUCACCACACGUGGCCCGCUUUCUGGGCUGUGCAGAGACAGUGGACCUCAGUGGAGUGGGUAAGUCCUUGCUGGAAUUGGCCAUGUACAAGUCAAGGUCACAUAUAAACAGUUAUGAAUAGAAGUGAUUAAAACAUAACAGAGAGGAAUAUGCAAAUUAUUAUUGCCUUCUCACUUGUCUCUUGUGCAUGCUGGUUAUUCAGACUUGCAGUAUAACAAGACAACAAGACCUGUGUUUUCAUGUCUGCAACAUAAGACUAAUGCUGCACCAUCUUUGAGAUGUAUUAAUGAAAUAACUAACAUGCUAAUAAAUUUCUUUUCCCCAUCCACAGAUGCAGUACCUCAGCCAUCGUAGCACUCAUCUUCCAUCACCUUCAGCUUACUCCUGUCUCCACAGCAGCACAAAUGAACUGAUUUCACAUGUAUCCCAGCCACUUUACUCUGUGUAUAGUGACUGACAGGAUAUGUUUUCGUCUGUAUGACUUAAAGCUGGGCUAGGCAGUCUUAUUUUGGUGUCACUGAGCAAAAAUCCUGUAAUGAAUUUGGAGCAUAUUGUAAUUCAGGUGGACUGAGAGAAAACUAGACCUCUGCAUCCCCUCUUGGCUCUGUGCAUGCACAUCCCUUCAGUGAAAGCCUGAUUCAAUGGCAAAGAGUCCUGCAGAGAAAGUUUCUUUUCCAGCAUUGGCAACAACACUGCAAAGCAACCCAAAAAACAAAGACAGAGUUAUCAAAGAGAGUCUGCCAGUAAACAAAAUAAACACGUGUUAUAUCGGUGAAGUGUUUUCAGAGACUGAGAGAAAACGUUGCUAAUAGUUUAGCUUUCUGUUAACAGGGGCCAAAGGCUCACAACUGUGGCUUCGCAAUCAUGUGUGUGUUGCUAAUAUUAGUAUGCUAAAGCCUCCAAUCACAGUGUGCCCUCUGCAUCACUCCCUGUUGCUACAGACCACCUCACCUGUAGGAGAGCUGGCAGCAGCUCUGGAUACGGACCCUCAGUCAGCGGCCACAGCAACUUGAAACCUACCAGUGCAAACCCCAGCUUCAGGGGACCAGACAACCACGACCUCCUGCUGGAUCAGCAAACUUUCUGUGGCUUCCAUUACACAGGUUGGACCCAGUGCUGCCGCUGGCCACCAGCCCGCUGUGACAGCCGGCACCGGGAAGUUUGCACUGGCUGAAAUUCUGCUGCUACAGCUGCUGACUGAAGGUCUGUCUCCCAAGCUUCUGCCAUCUGUCCUUGUGAAGCAGUCCACAGCUGCAGUGAGCGAGGCGGAGGCACUGUGAGGAAGCUAGCUAGCUAAUUCUUAUCUCGUUUGUGGGUAGAGUUGGGCAAGGAGCAAACAAAUUACAAUGAAAUAUGAUUAAAUAAAUCACUAUCAAAAACACUGUGAUACUGUAUAAGGUGCGUGAAUAUGCCUGUGACUGUCUGGUGGGAGGAGAUUAGGACAGAGAGGGAGGAGCUGCAGGAGGAGGGUCUACUUUAAAAUACUGCCAAGUUUCUUUGCCUUUUCUGGAUUUCUGCCUGCCCCGGCCUUUAUCUGACUAUUUGUCUUUCUUAAACAAAAAUACAGAUGAAUGCAAUGGCACUGUGAAUUAGACAGUUUGUGUAGAAUAUUUAAUGACUGCAUCAUUUUUCUUCUUGUACUCUUCAUGUGAAAAUAACAUUUAUACUUGCCUGUAUGCAGGAAGUCUGUUUUUUACAGAUUUUUAAUGAACCAUCUCAUUAAAAUUGACAUCAGACUUGUAUUACUCAUCCGGUGCAUUCAUCUUCCGUUGUUUUGUGUUACUGAUGUCGGCCCCUCCUCCCUCUUGCCCUCCUCAGGUCUGAGUCAGAGUCAAAUAUUAAACUGGAAUGUAUCGCUCCCACACUAACUCUCCUGGCUACUCAGUGACUGAGAAAUAGGGAGUCUGGGAAGAAAGGAGAAGGAGGAGGCUGUCCACUUCUAAUCAGCGGGACUACUGAGAAAGACAGAGGGAGGAUGUUGAGUUAUGAGGCCUGUGACCACUAAGCAGAACAG